UCGCACAAGAAUGUGAUACAGCCUCGACGGCCGCCAUUUUCUUUCUUUCUUAGCAGUUGGCUGAGAGGUCCCUGUGAAGAAACGGUAGCGGCCACUGUAGAGUAGGCAUGGCAGAUUAUUCAACAGUGCCUCCACCCUCCUCUGGCUCAGCUGGUGGUGGAGGCGGCGGCGGUGGUGGUGGAGGAGUUAACGAUGCUUUCAAAGAUGCGCUGCAGAGAGCCCGGCAGAUUGCAGCAAAAAUUGGAGGUGAUGCUGGUACAUCACUGAAUUCUAAUGACUAUGGUUAUGGGGGACAAAAAAGACCUUUGGAAGAUGGAGAUGGCUCUUGGACAAGUCCGAGCAGUACAACACACUGGGAGGGAAUGCCCUCUCCUUUUAAAGAUCAGCCAGAUGCUAAGAAAGUUGCUCCUCAAAAUGACUCUUUCGGAACACAGUUACCACCGAUGCAUCAGCAGCAAAGCAGGUCUGUAAUGACAGAAGAAUACAAAGUUCCAGAUGGGAUGGUUGGAUUUAUAAUUGGCAGAGGAGGUGAACAGAUCUCACGCAUACAACAGGAAUCUGGAUGCAAAAUACAGAUAGCUCCUGACAGUGGUGGCCUUCCAGAAAGGUCUUGUAUGUUAACUGGAACCCCUGAGUCUGUCCAAUCAGCAAAACGGUUACUGGACCAGAUUGUUGAAAAAGGAAGACCAGCCCCUGGCUUCCAUCAUGGUGAUGGGCCAGGAAAUGCGGUUCAAGAAAUCAUGAUUCCAGCUAGCAAAGCAGGAUUAGUCAUUGGAAAGGGGGGAGAGACUAUUAAACAACUUCAGGAACGGGCUGGAGUUAAAAUGGUUAUGAUCCAAGAUGGACCUCAGAACACUGGUGCUGACAAACCUCUUAGGAUUACAGGGGACCCAUACAAAGUUCAACAAGCCAAGGAAAUGGUGUUAGAAUUAAUUCGUGAUCAAGGUGGUUUCAGAGAAGUUCGAAAUGAGUAUGGGUCAAGAAUAGGAGGAAAUGAAGGAAUAGAUGUCCCCAUUCCAAGAUUUGCUGUUGGCAUCGUAAUAGGAAGAAAUGGAGAGAUGAUUAAAAAAAUACAAAAUGAUGCUGGUGUUCGAAUUCAGUUUAAGCCAGAUGACGGAACAACACCAGAUAGAAUAGCACAAAUAACAGGACCUCCAGACCGAUGUCAACAUGCUGCAGAAAUUAUUACAGACCUUCUUCGAAGUGUUCAGGCUGGUAAUCCUGGUGGCCCUGGACCUGGUGGUCGAGGAAGAGGUAGAGGUCAAGGCAACUGGAACAUGGGACCACCUGGUGGACUACAGGAAUUUAAUUUCAUUGUACCAACUGGGAAAACUGGAUUAAUAAUAGGAAAAGGAGGUGAAACCAUAAAAAGCAUAAGCCAACAGUCUGGUGCAAGAAUAGAACUUCAGAGAAAUCCUCCACCUAAUGCAGAUCCUAAUAUGAAGUUAUUUACAAUUCGUGGAACUCCACAGCAAAUAGACUAUGCUCGGCAACUCAUAGAAGAAAAGAUUGGUGGCCCAGUAAAUCCUUUAGGGCCACCUGUACCCCAUGGGCCCCAUGGUGUCCCAGGCCCCCAUGGGCCUCCUGGGCCCCCUGGGCCUGGAACUCCAAUGGGACCAUAUAACCCUGCACCUUAUAAUCCGGGACCACCUGGCCCUGCUCCUCAUGGUCCUCCAGCCCCUUAUGCUCCCCAGGGGUGGGGAAAUGCGUAUCCACAUUGGCAGCAACAGGCCCCUCCAGAUCCAGCUAAAACAGGAACAGAUCCAAAUUCAGCAGCUUGGGCUGCUUAUUAUGCUCACUAUUAUCAACAACAAGCCCAGCCACCGCCUGCAGCUCCUGCCGGUGCACCAACUACAACCCAAACCAAUGGACAAGGUAACUAUGGAGAUCAGCAGAAUCCAGCUCCAGCUGGACAGGUUGAUUAUACCAAGGCUUGGGAAGAGUACUACAAGAAAAUGGGUCAACAAGGGCAGACACAAGAUUAUUCAAAGGCUUGGGAGGAAUAUUACAAGAAGCAAGGUCAAGCAGUUCCUGCCCCUACUGGUGCUCCACCAGGUGGUCAGCCAGAUUAUAGUGCAGCCUGGGCUGAGUACUAUAGACAACAAGCAGCCUACUACGCCCAGACAAGUCCCCAGGGAAUGCCACAGCAUCCUCCAGCACCUCAGGGCCAAUAAUAAGAAGUGGACAAUACAGUAUUUGCUUCAUUGUGUGGGGGAAAAAAACCUUUGUUAAAUAUAUGGAUGCAGACGGCUUGAUGAAGAUCUUAAUUUUGUUUUUGGUUUAAAAUAGUGUUUUUUCUUUCUUUCUUUCUUUCUUUUUUUUCUUUUUUUUUUUUGAAAAUGUACAAAAUAUCUAUCACUACUGAUAGGAGGUUAAUAUUUCUGUGUAGAAAUGAAAAUUGGUUUGUUUUUAGUAUUUAGUGUAGAUGUACACAUUCCAGCAAAUGUAUUUGCAACUAUUAUGUGGUCAAUGCUUUGUGAUAUAAAUGUACUUUUUUCAAUGUAUACUUUCACUUUUAAAAUGCCUGUUUUGUGCUUUACAAUAAAUGAUAUGAAACCUCCUGUGUCGGUAAGUUGGAUAUGUGGGUAUUUAAAGGAUUCAUAAUUUCUUAGCAAUGAUAAAUUAAGAUACAUAUACACAAAUAUAUAAGCUUUCCCCAUGAAAUAUUAAUUUG